AUGGCCGCCGUACGCUUAGGGACAGCGACAUCAGCGCUUCGCCAAAGCAGAGUCGUGCCGCAGACGCGGAUCAGUGCUCUCAAUAAUAAUGGCGUGAGAUCGCUGACUUCGGGCACAUACCGCGUGCCGAAGCCUUUCAACGAACAUAAUCUUCAUUUCGCCCCCUCUUCGCCCGAACGACAGAAGCUGUCUGCAGCGCUCGAAGAACUACGGGCGAAGCUGCCUCUCCAAGUGCCGGCACUGGGAGGACCAGAUGCAUCAAUUACCUCUUCCCAAAGCCUCACACGCAUGGCAAUGCCGUCAGAGCACAACACAACCUUCCAAGAAUACGCCUCGGCAACGCCCGCGGAGGUCAAGCAGGCUAUCGACCGAGCACUGGAGGCGAAGAAGACAUGGCAGGCAAUGCCCUUCCCCGAUCGAGCUUCGAUCUUCCUGCGUGCCGCCGAGCUGGUCUCCGGCCAGUAUCGAUUCCAGCUGCUCGCUGCUGCUAUGUUGGGUCAAGGCAAGAAUGCGUGGCAAGCAGAAAUCGAUGCCGCUGCCGAGCUCUGUGAUUUCUUCCGAUACAACGUCGGCUUCGCUCAAGAGAUCUACGACAAACAACCGACUGUCAACUCACCAGGACAUCACGGACGCACAGACUGGAGACCUCUCGAAGGAUUCGUCUACGCCGUGUCUCCAUUCAACUUUGCUGCAAUCGGUGGCAACUUGGUUUCCGCUCCCGCACUCCUCGGAAAUGUCGUGGUGUGGAAGCCGGCGCCAAUGACGGCCCACAUCAGCCAUCUGAUUCACAACAUCUUGCUCGAGGCUGGUCUGCCCGAAGGCGUUGUCCAGCUCGUGAACGGUGAUGCUGAGCAGAUCACCAACACCGUCUUCGACCACCCUGCAUUCUCCGCGCUCACUUUCAUCGGCUCUUCCGACGUCUUCCGCAAGCUCAACGUGCAGGCUGCACAGGGCCUUGCCGAGAACAAAUACCGCGACUUCCCACGCAUGGCAGGAGAGACUUCUGGCAAGAACUUCCACCUGCUUCACCCCUCCGCCGAUGUCGAAGAAGCCGCCAAGCACACCGUCCGCGCCUCGUUCGAAUACGCAGGCCAGAAAUGCUCCGCCUGCUCUCGAAUUUACGUCCCGCAAAGCCGCGCCGACGAGUUCUUCGGCUACAUGAAGAAAGAGCUUGCAAGAGUCAAAGUCGGUCCUCCAGAGGACUACCAAUCUUUCACCGGACCGGUGAUUGACCAGAAAGCGUUCAAUCGCAUUGUGCGCGCCAUCGACCAGGCGAAUGAAGACCAUACCCUCGAGCGUGUCAUCGGCGGCACGUACGACGGCAGCGUUGGCUACUACAUCGACCCGACCAUCUACAUUUCCAAACACAAAGACCACCGGCUCUUCAACCAGGAACUCUUCGGACCCGUCUUAACCGCAUACAUAUACCCCGACCACGACUUCGAAUCCACUCUCGACCUCAUCGACAACCACGGCGGCGGCUUCGCGCUGACCGGUAACAUCUUCUCGAACAACCAACACGCCAUCCGUCUCGCCGAAGACAAGCUCCGCUACUCGGCCGGAAAUUUCUACAUCAAUUGCAAAAUCACCGCCGCGGUGAUUGGUCAACAGUCUUUCGGUGGUGCUCGCGCCAGUGGGACUUGUGAUAAGGCUGGGAGCUCGAAUUUGCUGAUGCGUUUCACGGCGCCGCGGACGUUGAAGGAGGAGUUUAAUAAGCUUGAGGAGGUUUUGUAUCCUAGUAAUAUGUAAUUUGGGAUUGUGAUAGCCGAUGCAUUGGGUUGGUGUUGGUAGAUGGAUUGAAAUGGAUGAGGUUUGAUUGUCG